AUGAAGAAUUUUCUUCUAGUGGUGAAUGUCCUGGCAUUAACCCUGCCCUUUUUGGCUGCAGAGGUGCAAAACCAGGAAAAACCAGCAUGCCAUGAGAACAAUGAAAGAUUAUUCAAUCAGAAGACAGUUUCUUAUGAUCCAGUUUAUUAUAUGCUGAGUAGCUAUCCUCAUUAUGAGCCUUAUUUCUAUCGACACAGACUGGCUAUACUGAUUAACAGGCCAUACAUACCUUACACUUAUUAUGCAAAACCAGUUGUGCUUAAGCCACACGCUCAGGUUUCCCAGUGGCAAGCCCUGCCCAGUAUUCAUGCACCCACCAUGGCACGUGUCCCACACAGACCUGCAUCCUUCAUUGCCAUUCCACCAAGGAAAAUUCAGCAUAAAGCACCCAUCCCCACCACCCCCACCAUCACCACCACUGCAACUGCUGAACCUACACCAAUUCCUGCCACUGACCCAGCAGCAACCAGCGUGGUCACUCCAGAGACUUCCUCAGUGUCUGCAGUCACAAACACCCUGGAGGCUGCUGCAGUCACUGUCACUCCAGAGGCUUCCUCAGUGUCUGCUAUCACAAACACCCUGGAGGCUGCUGCAGUCACUGUCACUCCAGAGGCUUCCUCAGUGUCUGCUGUCACAAACACCCUGGAGGCUGCUGCAGUCACUGUCACUGCUAAUGUGGCCUGA